CGCACAUGUGUCACGCGUUGUGCAGCGCGUAACGCACAUCGUACUGUGUACCGGGCACUGCACGGUGUGCGCCGUGCGCCGCGCCACCCGCACCCUCCCCGCUCCGUGCGUGACACACCCGCACCCCCGCGCGCGCCGCCGCCUGCCCGUGCCCGCGCCCGCGGUGCGGCGCCGCGCCGGCGGAGGGAGGAGGAGGAGGAGGAAGAGGAGGAGGAAGGCGGCGGCAGGCGCAGGCCGGAGCCCGGCGCGAUGGACAGCACGGGCAAGGAGCGGGAGGCCGUGCAGCUCAUGGCCGAGGCCGAGAAGCGGGUGAAGGGCUCCCACUCCUUCCUGCGGGGGCUCUUCGGAGGCAACACGCGGGUGGAGGAGGCCUGUGAGAUGUACACCAGGGCUGCCAACAUGUUCAAGAUCGCCAAGAACUGGAGCGCGGCAGGGAACGCGUUCUGCCAGGCGGCCAAGCUGCACAUGCAGCUGCAGAGCAAGCACGACUCGGCCACCAGCUUCGUGGACGCCGGGAACGCCUACAAGAAGGCAGAUCCACAAGAGGCCAUCAACUGCUUAAAUGCAGCUAUUGAUAUCUACACCGACAUGGGGCGCUUCACCAUCGCGGCCAAGCACCACAUCACCAUCGCUGAGAUCUACGAGGCUGAGCUGGUGGAUAUUGAGAAGGCGAUUGCACACUACGAGCAGGCUGCUGACUACUACAAAGGAGAGGAAUCCAACAGCUCGGCCAACAAGUGUCUGCUGAAGGUGGCUGCCUACGCCGCGCAGCUGGAGCAGUACCAGAAGGCCAUCGAGAUCUAUGAGCAGGUUGGGACCAACACGAUGGACAACCCUUUGCUCAAGUACAGCGCCAAGGAGUAUUUCUUCAAAGCUGCCCUGUGCCACUUCAUCGUGGACGAGCUCAACGCGAAGCUCGCGCUUGAGAAGUAUGAAGAGAUGUUCCCAGCGUUCACGGACUCCCGGGAGUGCAAGCUCUUGAAGAAACUGCUGGAAGCCCACGAGGAGCAGAACUGUGAGGCCUACACCGAGGCGGUGAAGGAGUUCGACUCGAUAUCGCGGCUGGAUCAGUGGCUCACGACCAUGCUGCUGCGCAUCAAGAAAUCCAUCCAGGGGGAAGGGGACGGGGACCUCAAGUGAAGCAGUUCCCGUCCCGCCGCUGCGGUGGCCCCGGCCCAGCACGGCCCCCGUGACACCACCUCUGGCUUCGUUCCAUGUCUCACCCCGCGUGUCCCGUAGUGUCCCGCUCCGUGUCCCAGUGCUGGGGCUGCUGCUCCGGGCGGCCCCGGCCCGUGUCUCCGAGGCGGAGGCAGCGCUUGGGGCUGAGCCCCCUCCUCGGGGGUCCCGUCCCCGCUCGGUGGCCUCGAGUCCAGCGUGUAAAUACCUUGUGCAGCUCAGUACAAGUCCUCGCUUCUGCUCUGCUCUAGUGUCGCUGUUUCUGUUCCCAGGGGACCUUCCCUGAGCUGCACUCGGAGCUUGGGGUGUUUUUUAAAUGAGCUUUUAUAACCGUGCUAUAGUGAAAGGCUUCGUGGCUCUCCCAUACCAUGUGCACGUGUGGCGUCCAGCCCAUAGGUACACGUGUGCUGGAGGCAGGACACGCUGGGGGACGGGGCAGCUGGUGAGUAGACCCAGUGUACGUUGUAUUUUGGGUCUAAGAUAAAACGUUCAGGUUCUAGAUUUUCCUCUAUUUUUUCCACUUUAUUUUGUGCACAGCCCCUCCUCUCACCCCAUCCUGAGUAAUAAUCUGUCUAUUUAAUUUACAUGAACUCCUCCUGCUGUCACUACUACAGGUCGUACAGACACGUGAAGCCUCCAACCUCUCCACCGUUGGUGAUGCUGCCUCAUUCUUGGCAUGUGCAAAGGCACUGACUGAGGUUUGAUGGUACCCAGAGACCUUGGCUGAGUUCUUGGGGUGAUGGGUGGCUCCAGCUGGCUGGGAAGAGGUGUAGCCAUGUUUGAAAUUCCCAGAGGAAUUGUAGAAGUGUGACUGAAACUGUCUGUAACUGAGGCUGAUUCCAGGCCUGUGUAUUGAGGGUGGCUCAGGAGCUUGUGCAGUUUGUCAGCAGGAGGCAUCUCGCUGUGUUUCUCUGCAAUGAAGGGAUUUUCAGCUGUGUCGCUGAUGUGCAAAGAGUGAAACAGUAAUUAAUAACUAACUGCUUUAUUUGGCACAACUGAAGCGGGUCCUUCUGCGUGGCUGUUGCUGUAGCCCCAGUGCUGCUGCCCAGCAUGGGCUCUGGCACCAGAGCACCAGCUUUUGUGCUUCUCUUCGGCUCAUUUUAACCUGGGUGGUUAUGAGUAGACACAGUUUGGUGUAUUGGGCUGAAGGGUUUAGUCCUGUUCAAGCUGUUCUUUAUCUCUACCAUGGGCUUAAGUAAAGGCAAACCCAAAGCUGCUGCACUUACUUUCCUGGGGUAGAAGGAUGGGUUGGAACCAUUGUCUCAUUUCCUUGCUUUUACUGCCUUUUUGGGUCACUUUUCCAGUUGUUGCUAUCAUCAGGCACGUGGUGAUGGCUUUGUCCUGACUGAACCUCAGUGAGGGGAAGCGCAGGCAGGAGGGUUAUUUCUGUUGCUACAUUCCCCGUGUCUCACAGCUCUGAGGCUUUUCCACCCUUUUUUGUUCACUUCUCCCAUUGUCAGUAUUCUGCACAGUUGGGAUGAGCUGUGUCUGGACCAGCACCCAGACCCACGGGGUUGUGUGGUCCGUUACGAGUAACAGCAUUAAACUACAACCAUUAGUUCUGUGUGAGUAGGCUACAGCAUGUCUGUCCUCCGGUGUACCCGUGGUGAAUUGUGACACUGUAAAUGACAAUCUGCCACCGCUGUAUCCCCUCUGUACCAUGACAAUGUAUGACUGAGAUGGCCUUAGCAGGAAUAUAAUGUUCUGUGUGAAUCUGUACAUGAAUAAAGUGAAAACCAUGGAUGUAA